GAUAGAGAGAGAGAGAAGGCCACAAUAAAUGAAUCAAAGCGUCUGUUCCAGACUCGAGCGACAGGGAUAGAAAGACAAACACGGUUCUUGGGAGCGUUUUUAUUUUAGGUAAAUAAAUAAGAGAGCGUUUUAGAGAGAGAAAGUUUGAGUUGUUCGAGGCGGACGAGGUAUGUGGACAGGGAGGCCCGAGGCCGUAUAAAAUUCUCUCUUCCUCUUAAAGUCGUGCAAAUUUCUCCUCUUUGCAGGACCGCAAAAUCUUCAGUUUUGGAAGCCAUCGAUUCUCAGGCCUCAACUCUCUGUGUGCAUAACCAGUGGCCGGAAUCCGGCACUUUGGUCGCCGGGAAAUAUUUCCGGCGAUCCGAACCCCUUACGUCUCCCUAUUAGUGGGGUUCAGGGUUGGCCAUUCCCUGUAAAUAUUGGCCCGAAACAGUACAAAAUUCGCCGGAAAUUUCCAGUGGUUUUAUGAGAAGGUAGAGGACCUUGUUGCAGGGUAGGCGGUUGCGGAUAGGUUUAGGGUUUUUCCGAAAGGGAUGAAGGAGAGGAGGGGGUGCGAGCUUUGUAAUGGAGAAGCGGAGGUUUACUGUGUUCCUGACUCGGCCUUUCUCUGCUUCCAGUGCGACGCUAGGGUUCGAGGCAACUUCUUGGUGGCUCGCCAUUUGAGGCGACUCGUUUGUUACAGAUGCAGAGGACUCGACGAAAAUGGCGUUUCAGGGACCUGCAUCUCGCCACUUCGCUGGCUCUGCGACCCUUGCUCUAAUGUCGAGGGUGAGUCGGAUCCCGAAUCAUCGGAGUCAGCUUGCAUCUCGAGCGCGGAGUCCUUUGCAUACGCGCCGGAAAAGGGCGCCGGAAAACGGAUUUCCGGCCAAAAGCAUGGCAGAUCAGCGAGCUCGGACUCUGAUCUCUCUGUGGAAGGGUGCCCUGGGCCUCAGAGACCUAGGGUUUCCUCCAUUAAAGAGGUCCAAGGUAAUAUUGAUGUGAAAGCGGAGGCCGUGUUGAUCAACUGGUUCAGGAGAUUAGGGCUCAGUAGCCGAUGCACUCUCGCUCUAGCUUUGCACGCCUUCGGGAUUUCGAUGCAGAGGAUCAAGGGUUUCCCCCCUCGUAUUUGCUUGGCUGGUUCGCUAUGGCUUGCCAUUAAGCUUAGUGAGAGAAAAGUUCAGAGAUCUUUGUGGCUUCAGAAGCUUGAAGCAUGCUCUGGUGUUCCCAUGAAGGCAAUCGCCAUUUCCGAGUCCAAGCUCUCGAAUGUUCUUAAGCUCAAGGCAAAGGAAGAAGGUUGGGCCGAAUGCUCUGAGACCUAGAUAGAGAAACUUAGAGAGAGAAAUCCUUCGAGCCUUUCUCUCUCUAUCUUUCUUGCUUCUGUUGUCGCAUUUUCCCCUUCUCCCUGUACAAUAGGAACUCAUAGUUUAAUGCUUUGAGCGGAUAAGAAUUAUCAAUUUGCUUGUUUAAGAGUGCCUUGAAAAUACUUAGUUUUUCUAGUGUUUUUUUCUCUCUAAAAUGUUGUGCCUAUGUUCAAAUUUCUCAGUUUUUAGUGUUUCUCUCUCUCUCUAGA